GUAACUAACUGCUGGUAUAUCACAGUACCCAGACCUCUGAAUCAAUCACAGACUGCCAUUUCUUUGCCUGACCUUGUAAAUGGAAUUACUACAGUAUUAACACAGGCAAAGGCCAGACUUCAUUAGUUCUGCAGCCCAUGGGACGUACCCUCUUUUUAUUGCAGGAUAGAAUUAAACUGUACUUACCUUAAUCUAAGACACUUUUGUCACAGGGUAAUGAGUUUCGGUCCACAUAUACUAUUUUGCACAGUGUUAAAAUGGUGCAAAAAGUGUGCAUAAACAAAGCUAUAGUAAAUAGUGCAAAAAUGCCAGUCCUCUGUAACAAAAUAAGCAGCCUUAGAUCAAAACAUGUUUGAAUCUAGAAACCGUCUGCCCACUCUAGGAGCUUGUACUUAUUGGGCAGGUAAAAAGGUGUUGGGCUGUCUCUCAGAGCACAUGUAAUUAAUCAAGAAAUAACAGAUUUUUCUGCUGCUUUUUAAGAGGGAAGGAUGCAGAAGAAAAUAAGCCCCUUUCGUGCUAAGAAGAAAAUGAGAAGUCACCCCUUUCAUGCUAAUUAAUGCAUUCAGAAGCCGUACUGAAAGGAAUUUAAACUCGUGAUAGUCAUAAGAGGACAGAUAAAAGGAGAAAAAAACAGACCAAGUCAAAGAAAGCUGCAUAUGCCCUUAGUUAACAGACAGAAUACAAGUCUGAAGGAGAUUUUGCUUCAGAAGCCUGCCAUCACUUGGUACCUAAAUAGACCACAUCAAAUUCUGCAAACUCUGUUACGCUCAGUUGCAAACACCUUGAUGUUUGAACAGGACCAACCUCACAAAAUGCCCAGAAGAUAUAACCACCUGGACAGCAACUACUUCAAAGGGAAAGGACACGUCUAUUUUGCAGCAGAAGAAGCUCUGGGUAUUGGACUUUUCAUUUUGGUGCUGGCAAUUUUACUUGCCUUUGGCUGCUGGUAUUACAAAAGACGUAGUGGCUACAAAAGUCUGCACAGCAAAAGCUCUAGUGUGAGCACAAUACGGAACGUGGUGGGUGACGGAGAAAUACUGGACUGCAAAAUGGCUCUGCAGAACUACAGAGACUUUAAUUCUGCGGUACCUGAUGCUCCACCAGCUUAUGACAAAAUUGCUGCAGAUCAAUCACCACCGCCUUAUUCACCAUAACAUGAAAUUUGAAACCCUAAACAUACUGAUUCCAUUUACUCAUGCUCACUCUUUAUUUCCUGUAUAUGGCUAACUUACUUAAAGCUAAAAUCAUACAAAAGAAAACAACAUGUUUUCAUUAGCAGUUGCUGAAAACUAUUCCCACCUAAUUUACAGAACUAGUCUUUGAAAUGCCUUAAUAAAUCUGAAUGUGCUUUUGUUUUAA